AUGAGUGAAGACGUCCCUGCCAGCAUUGCCGCCGCCCGCUUCUUUGCCGCGCCCGAUGCCCCCCGUUUUUUAGGCUGCACCAAGAUCACGUUGCCGAUCAUCCUGCACCGCGACCUCCAGUCGUUGACGCCGCCUGGGUCGCUGGCGUCUCUCGAGGACCUCAACAAACUGCGUAGCUUUGCCGCCGAUCGCGAAGCCUGGAAGAAAGCUACGGAGCUUCGCAUCCGCGUCGUCAAGGCCAUCGCGCACCCGCAGUGGACUAGACGCGAAGAGCACUACGACUUUGGCAUCCUCGAGCUCGAGCACGAGAGCACGGAGACGCCCGUGACGCUUAGCUUUGACGACGACGAUUCCAACGCGCCGGGCGUCGCCGCCAAGGUCCGCGGCUGGGGGCACACCCGCUCCGACGGCUCGCAGUCUUAUGAACUGCUUGAGGUCGAAGUUAAGGUGUGGGCCAACGACGAGUGCGCCAAGACCCUCGACGGCAUUCACGAGUCCAUGAUUUGCGCGGGCGGUGUCGCGGGCGAGGACGCGUGCCAGGGCGACUCGGGUGGUCCGCUCACGGCCGUCAAGGACGGCAAGGAGGUCCAGAUUGGCGUCGUCAGUUGGGGCGGGGUCUGUGCGCAGGCCAACAAGCCUGGUGUCUACGCGCGCCUCUCGUCCGGCAAGGACUUUAUCGCGCCGUAUCUCGCCACGUCGAACCUCCGCACCGAAACCAACUAG